CAAUCUUUUUAUGCUUUGGAUCGGAUGUGACACCAACUCACGUACAUGUACUGCACUCGAAAAGCUUGGCACCCGUUUGUAACGUAAAAGAAAUCAAUUCUUCUGGAACCAAGUCUGUUGCUACGAUACUACCGUACCCCGACAGGGUGAUCUGUUGUCCACAAUCACAAUUCACAAUCACAAUUCAGGUCCGGUCAUAUUGUAAAAGGUAACAAACAUGAAGAUCCAUCAGUUGGUUGUCUCUCGACUUUUGACUGUCCUGGCCAUUUGGAAAGGAUCCUCCAGCGGCAACCAUGCCAUGGCCCAACAGGUAACGACCACCAUGGAGUGGUUGCGCGGCCCAUUCGACGGCACCAGCGAAACCUGUGUUCCCAAAACGAUCACGUCGUAUCCCGGUACCGACCCUGCCGCAGUGGCAGCCGACAACCCCGACUGUGCGGUUCUCGACUGGAGUCACAUUCAGCAAAUGCACGCCUACACGACAUUUCAAGACCUUCAGUUUGGAAUUGACGAUGAUAUCGAAGCUCGCAUAGGUCCCCUCUUUGUAAAGAAUUCCGAUGAACGCUUGGAUUAUGAGUGUCCUCCCGACCAGUACAAUGGUUUUGACUACCGCUAUUCGUUUUGUGUAUUGGAAGACAAUAACACCAUGCUGGCAGUGGCUUAUGUCACAACCGAGGACACUGGCGAUGGAAAUGCUACUGCUUGGCUCUUGGGGUUGGAUGCCAUUCCGUCUGGCAAACCUUUUCCCGAAACGCUCGAGGUGAAUCAACCACCGUUUGGAGCAGUUCGCUACGAAUGGGGAAAGUUUGGGCAGCGGUUGCCCAUGGCCGAAACGGGAGCUCUCACCAUCUGCACGACACCCGAUGUCGAGGCGAGUUGCAGCGGAGUGGAUGAGAGUCAAAUCCUCGAUCUAAUAGGGCUUCAGUAUGCGGGAGAAGGCAUCUUUUCCCUGGCUGGAAUUGGAUAUACUGGGCCAUCGGUUUGGAUCCAUGAUGAUGCGCGUCAGUUGCUCUACUUGACGGCAGGGGCUGCCAAUGGCUUUUGGUUCAACGACAGCGGUUUCUUCUUGGCAGAUUACACGGCCGAUCCUCCCACUUGUACCUGGCUGGACAAUUGCAACUUUGCGUGUGAGGUGUACAAUUAUGAUUCCAGAUUUUUUGACUUCAUUGGUCUUUGGAACAUCACCGGCAAGUACGGCAUGGAAGACUUCGGGGAUCCUCAACUUGUCCGCGUCUAUUUGGGCAAUGCCAUUGAUGCCGCCGGCAUCUUUCCCUGCCUCAUGUAUGUUUCCAUUGAAGAGGGGUAUUACAUAGGCCUGGACAAACUGGACACGACGCCAGGAACUCUCGGGUCUUCCUUUUGGUAUUCCACGACUGUCGACGGAGAACCGGAUUAUACCGAGUAUCCCGUUCCACCGGACAGCGGUUGCCCGGGAACAACUGAGGAAUGGCUCGGUGUUGGCAACAACGACGCAGAGGCGACUAACAGUAGUAACAGCGAAGCUGGAGGGGGCACUGGUGCUGAUGGUUCCGACGAGCAGCCCACAAGCAGCACAGAGCCACCCGCAAGCAGCACAGAGCCAGGAGAAGCUCCUACUACCAGUGAUGCCAACCCUGCAUUCUUCAAAAGAGGAAUUGCCGGUCUUGGUGGAGUUGCCAUUCUCUUCAUUGCAUUGUUGGUCCCUGAGCAUUCAUGAAUCAAAGCAGUGGUUGAGCCAGUAAGGAUUGUACCAAAUAUCGGUAGGCUGUGAAAGCUGCUGUGUACCGGUAUGUUGUUGCAAUGACUUCUGGUCUUAAGCAAGCAGUGUGUAAGCUGGGGCCCACCAGAACCUCCACCAUCAACUCCUAAACCAAACACAAAACUACAGAAACAACAAAAGAUGAGCCACCGGCCGCCGAACUCCACAAACAACAAUUACAUAACUUAGGCUUUGUCUUUCUUUGUAUCAGCCAAAGAUGAAUGAAGGGUCUCUCCCCAGAACGAGGUGUCACAGGUCCUCUAUAUCUAAUCGUAGAACAUAGGUGCAAAAGUGAUUCUUCU